GAGAGGGUGACCAGGAAGUGAGUGGAGGCUUGGAAGAAGGCGUCCGCCCAGGCAGUGGUGCUGGAGGAAACACCCGAACAUGUGGAAUCCCAAUGCCGAGUACACUGUCUCCCUUUCUCCCUCACCCUGCCAGGGACAUUACCUUUUCUGUCUCUUAGGGCAUCAAGGGCCAUAUCCACACCCGCCUAAUGUCGGGUACCCUGGAGGUUGCAAUCCUGCUCAUCCACCACCGGCCAACCCUGUCUGUCCUCCAGGCCCCUUUCCGACUCCCCCAGGAGCACCCCAGGGGAAUCCAGCCUUUCCCCCUUGUGGGCCCUGUUAUCCUGUGCCACAACCAGGGUAUCCAGGAUGCCAACCCUCAGGUCCCUACCCCCCUCCAUACCCACCACCUGCCCCUGGCAUGCGUCCUGUAAAUCCAUUGACUCCUGGCAUGGUAGGACCAGGAAUAGUGAUUGACAAGAAGAUGCAGAAGAAAAUGAAGAAAGCUCAUAAAAAGAAGCAGAAACACCACAAGCAUGGCAAGCAUUCCUCCUCCUCCUCCUCCUCCUCUUCCAGCAGUGACUCUGAUUGAAUACAGGGCCUGGACCCUUCCCUCAAGUCUCUCCAGUUCUGCUCUCCCAUCAAGCUUCAGAUGCCAUCUUGUACUGGGGGAAAUAUAGCCCCUGUGUCCCUCUCCCGCCGCCACCCCUGCAAUCUAAGCCUCACUCUGCUGAUAAACCCUAACUGGCUAGGGAAAAUGAGAAAAGAAUUGCCAUCAGCUAACAAAGGCCGUCUUUUCACUGCUUGGAUAGAACUUUUAGCUGAUGGGUUUUGCAGGAGAACUAUUUUUUGAAGAUGGAGAUUUGAACUAAAUGCUGAAGACAAGUCUAAGAUCUGUAACAUGUGAUUUUUUACUUUGUUUUUUAAUACUUAUGAUUGGGGAGAUGCUGUGGAAAUUUAGUUAUGGAAAGAAAAAAGUGACCUGUACCUUUCUUGUAAUUGUGGCACGCUUGGGUGAUUUAGUGGCAAAUAAACAUUUCCCAGCAGGCCUUUUAUUGAUUGCACUCCCUGCAAGGCUGCUGGGAAAUGGAGUCCAUUUGGUUGAUGAGCUCUGACUGCCAUUUUGGAAACUAAUCUCUGCUCCUUAGCUUAGUAUGCUAUCUCAGGUCUUCCUCUCACUCUCCAACUCUCAAAAUAAAGCUGUUUCUCCUGGACUCUGUUCACCUGUGCCAUUACCGUGGUUGGGUCUAGCACAUUCUGCUAUUUUUGCUGCCCUUUCACAGACCCUUUAAAGUGUAUCAGUUAUAUGGUAAGGAACCAGAGCGUCAUCAGGAAGACACCCUACUGUCCCUAUAUGUCUCUACGGGGAGGAUCCUUCAGAAUUGGUUCAGGCUUAGUGAAAUGAAUCUUUGAUGUCUUCCAUUUGAUGAAUGGAUAUAGGUCUUAAGGAUAAGUUUUCGUUAUCUGCUACCAAGGUUCUCAACCCUGGCUGCCCGUCAGCUACCAGAGAGUGAUUUAGGGCUUUGCCUGAAAGACUCUUGAUAAAAGUCUUUAAGGAUGGGGCCCUGCAAAUCAGUGUUUUUAAAAAAUGGGGGGUGAUUUCUGAUGCACAGCUAGAAUUGAGGGCCACUGGUUUACUGAAUGCCUUACAUGGUAUUACACAUAAGGUUUUCAAAGAUCUGUCGAGUAGAGGAAAAAGACAUCUAAGAGAACUGACUAAUAAAGAUAGAUACUAUAAAGUUCCAGAGAUAUAAACCUGGAAAUAACUAGCAAGGGAAGGAGGACUCAAAGAUGACUUAACAGGAAAAAUGACCUUGAGUGGAGAAACAUGAGUAGAAAAAAAUGAGAGAAUAGAUUUAUUAAGUGGAUGGCAGAGAAGGGCUGGGAAAGGCAUGUGCUUAGGUACAGGAUCUAAAGCUCCAUAGCAUAUUUGGGAAUCACAGGUAUCCCAGUGGGGCUAGAUGCCCUGGAAAAGUAAUUAUUGAGGAAAUACUGUGUUUCAGGUGCUGAAGAUACAAGGAUGAAUAAGAUAGUUCCUGCCCUUCAUGGCCUGCAAGAGCUAUGGGAGCAGAUGGACGUGUGAAUAGGCUAUUAUAAUACAGUAAAAGGGACCACAACAGAGACAGGGAUCAAGCAGUGGAGGAGCAAAGGAAGGAGUGACAGUGCCAAUGAGAAAAGAGUGAGGUCCUGGCUGGGCCUCAGGAUGUGUAGGAGUUUCCCUGUUGGUAAAUAACAUCAGCUAACACCGAGCAUUUAUGUGCCAGGCGCUAAGCGCUUUACAUUUAUAACUUGUGUUAAUCUUCCCAGCAACUCUAUUAGGUAGGUACUGCUGCUUCCAUUUUGUGGAAGAAGAAAACUUCAGUCAGGAUUCGAACUCAGGCAGUGUGGCUCUUGUGUCUGUGCGUUUAACCCAGUGGAUUUCAGGCAGAAGAAGCAGUUUUGCAGAGGCACAGAAUUGUAAAAAGGCAUAGGAUGAAAGUUAAGGAUUUCCUGAGCCUGAGAUAACCAUACAGGAGCCUGAAAGCAGGAAAUGAGGCUCUAGAUGGGUCUAGAGGAAGGAGGGGACUUGAGAGGUAUUUCUGAGGUGGAACCCACAGGGCUUGGGGAUUGAGUGUGGGGCUUGAACAGGGAAGGAAUGUUUUUAGUUGGCUGGAUUGCAUCUAUGACUUGUCCCUGGGGUGAGUUAUCUGAAAUAAAUGCUUAAAUAUAUUA